CAAGUUCUUCUCUUAUAUAAGAAUUAUUAAGAAAUCUGUGAUACUGCCCUCCACUCUCUCCAUUUUAUUUUUGGUUAAAUUGAUAAUUGCCGGUGCACAUCGUGGUCUGUUACAAUUGAACAAAGUUUAAGGUGGAAUGUGAGAAUUAUAUUCCAGAUCUGCAAAAAGAAUUAGCCAGGAAGGAUGAGAGACUACGUUGUUAUGAAAAGUAACUUCUGCUUGCAAGAAACUUUGGAUCUAGACGCAAGGCAAUUUAACAAGCAGUAGAUUUUAGGACGAUGGAAUGCAAGGAAAGGAAACUUGAAAUGGUAUCAGCAGAAAUUGUACAGAAAUUCAAUGACCUGGAGUCGGAAAUUGUUGCUUCGAUGAAAGUUGCUUCAGAAAUGGAAGACAAAAUGAGGCGGAAAGAACGAGAAUGUUGUGACCUGCAAUCACAAGUGACCUUGAAAAAUCUGUUUAUAAACCGACUGGGCGCUGAGCUAACAUCGGCAGCACGUGAUCUGGCACGACGUAUGGAGGAAAACACGAAACUUCGUACCAAAAUACGUGAUUUGGAGGAUCAGCUUCAGUAUUACAGGAAGACAAAUGACAAAAUUAAGAGGGACACGCGGCCAGUAAAAUGUAUUACACAGACGUUGGAACGACGUGGCAUUUGUCAUAGUUAUCAGGAUUAUGACGCAAAACCUCGACAUGACUCCACUAGUGACAGGGCAAUGUCGGUAGAAUCCAGUACUACAAUUGACAGAACAACCUCACCAUUCGUCCAUUUACAGAGUGAUCAUAUCAGUUACAACCCAAAUGGUGUACAAAGGGCACAAUUGCGCGUUGAGGAAACCUGUGAAAAUAUGCAUAUUAAUAGGAGCUUUGCUGGUGGACGUGUGAAAUAUUAUACCACGGAAGAGUCUGCAGUUUCUUCUACCACUGUGCCAAGUAACAGAAACGCUAUAAGGCCCCGUACUGCCCCAUAUUCACACUGGUGGAAGACAACAAAGAGAUGGUUGGUCAAACUGAUGAACAGAAAACAAAAUGUGAGCACAAAAUGCAGCCAGUCAAUCCGACUCUUAUAAAACAAAACAUGGAUGUAACAGCGGUUCGAGAAUAGUGGACCUACGGAUCGCCCUGGUGUAGAUCUAUCACUGAGCGAAGACCCCAAUGUCGGACGCCACGAUGAAUGGGGAGUGGAACCUAACGGUUGUGGUGAUGCUGCCUUAUGGAACGUAGUCCAUGGUUGUCGAAGAACCCCUCUGUUAAUUUGUGUCAUAUUAUGUUAGGUUAGGUUAUGUUUGGUUUCGUAAGAUGAGGGUGGAUGGAGUAGGAUCGAUAAAGUAGAGGGCUUAUUUCAAAAGUUUUACGAUUGAGAUAAAUAUGUUUUCAAGUGCUACGCGCAUUUAGAAGUAAAAAUUUACCAAAAAAAACGCACGUGGGAUCUCUACGUAUAGUGAUAAGUAUUAUAAUUUCCGGUGUUGUUAUUUAACAAGUCUCAAACAAGAUCAGACAUCCCUUGCUAAUUGCUUUUUCGAGUACCAGUGAUAUACCACAGGUGUGUCAUGUGUUAUCAUAUAUUUUGUUCUAAGUUUUUAGUUUGAACCCGCCCCCAUAAAAGGUAUGAGUCUUUCUAUGAUUAUAAAGGAUUAUAUAUAUAUAUAAUUAUAUGUAUUUUUAAUAUAUUUCAAAGUUUCCUCCUGUAUGUACUGUGCACAUUUAUUUUAAGCCAAUAAAAUCUUAAAAUUU